UUCCACCGCCAUAUUCUCUACAUGUAUAAAACUGGUAGCAUGUAGCCACAACAUCCCAUAUAUCGCCAGAAAGAAUACGGAUGAACUAAUUUUUAUAGUUUUUACAUUCUUCUGGAGAGCCAAUUUAAGCGAUUGUGAAUGUCGAUUGAGGCAUGGAUUAGAUUGGGGAAUGUUACAUCGCCUCUAUCGCUCACGAAACUAUCGGGUUUUGAUCUCACUCCCAACGCCCUGAUCUGCAUCACAAUUAACAACCUGGUGUGAAAAUCGUGGAAUCAAGCUACUUGGAAGGGAAUUUGGAGGAAGGGGGUGAAGGAGUAGAUUUUAACUUAGUUGAAGAACUACUGGAUCAAUAGUAUCGUCAUCAUCCCCGGCAGCCGCGAAGAAGCUGUGUAUAUUGACAAAACAGCAUCCUUCUGUCCAGAUGCCUGAAACUGCAGUGCCAUGGCUAAUGACUGCCCUCUAUCGAGCCGAACAACCAGGCUUACGGAACGACAUCAUCUCUGUGGUCUCGCGCACUGCAGAGUCGCCUAGCGUGAUCAACUUGCUUGUCAAUCAUGUGAGGCUGUGGAAGGGAGAUGUGCAGGCUAGGGCUAAUGCAGCUGCAGCCCUUAAUGCAUUGUCUCUCGUUGACUCAAAUAAGGCGCUGAUAGGGGGAUACGGUGGAUUGGUGGCCCUCAUCUCUCUGUUGGAGAAAGGGGAGGAGUUGGAAAUGAAAGAAGCCGCCUCUGCAGUUCAUAGUCUCUGCACCCUCCCUUUGAAUAAGGAGAGAGCCAUCGGAUAUGGUGGAGUUCGAGUGGUCAUGGAGAAAAUAGAGGAAGGAGUGCUUGUUAGUGAGAUGGUGGAGAUACUUGCCUUGUUUGCUACGGAUGACGGGGCAGUUACACGGAUGAACAACCUCGGUGCAGUCAACUGCCUGUUCAAGAUCAUUAAGGAGAAACCUAAUCCGCGGUGUAAGGACUAUUGUGUGGCUAUCUUGAGCGCAAUCAGCUACAGUGAUCGGGUCUCGUGGAAGGAGGUCAAAAGACAGGAAAGAGAGCGCCAAAGCUCGUGCCAGAAGGCACUCCUAUGGCCGGCUGCAUUCUUGCGAAGCUGAAAAGGUCUGGCCUCGGCUUCUUCUAGGUGUUAUCAAUUCAUUACAGGGGCAUGUUUUUUUCAGCUUGAGAACAAGUUUACUGGUGCACAUAUUGUUUUGUUCCUGGAUAAAUAAUGUACUGAUUGAGAAUUGAAAUUGAGCAUGUUGUCAAAUUUUUGUUUAAAA